AAGAAACGCCGCGCGUUCUGGUAGGACUUUCAAAGUAAAAUGCACAUAUUCGGUGCUGCGUAGCUGUGUUUCGAGCUUUAAUAUGUAUCAAUUGAGCAAGAUGCACGCUUUAAAAAGAAAAUUGAAACAACUAAUUAAAAAUAUGUACAAUUUCAGAACAAUUUAUAACUCGACAUUCUUUUUUACCAUUAUGUAGCAUUUUUGCGUUGAUAUUUUGAAGGCAUUAAGCCGAUUUCCUGCAAUGCUAAAUUUCGCUAGCUUGAUAGAUUUCUGUUCCAUCUUUCAAAAUAAAAACCAUAUACAGAGAAUUACUUCAAAUUUAAAGGUCUCUUAUGUUGAAAAUCCAUUUUAUUGCGUUUUGUGGUUAUUAUAAACUUGCAGGUGUAAAGUUAAAGCUGUUAAGAUAUAAACUCGUUUAUUUCUGCCAUUCCUCAAGCCUUCACACAAGUAGAUAAUCUCCCAGCUUUACAGGCCAGUAAGAAUUUAACCUAAGUCCUAUAUACCACCACAAGCCAAAAGUUGUCUAACUCAAACUUUGUAUAAUUCUGCCUCUUUACUGCCUGCUGCUUCACAAUCCACCAGGCUUGUUUACUUUCUAGAGCUGCUUUUGCUAACUUUAAAAUGUAUUAGCCAAUAGCAAAGCUCACCAAAUGUUCUACUGUUGGCUGUAAUAGUGAACGCAAGAGUCUUGUUGCACUCCCAGCAUCCGAGGAACUGAAGACUUAGUGGAUUGCAUUUAUUGCCAAUGGCAAUGUCCCCACAACUGCGAAAUCCUCAGUGUUAGCAUGUUGUGUGGCUUAUGUGGCUAAUGUUAGAAUUAGCUGUGAUCGUAUGUCCACAAGUCAGAGUUUGUGUAAAGCUGAGAGACAUUCAGAAGACUGAUUAGAAACCAAUUAACCUAUCUUGGGUGGGUAAUAUUCUCUCCUGCUACCUAAAAUAAUCACUCAGAAAGAAAGCUGGAAGCAACUGAAGGCAUUCACAGCUGUGUUGGCUGCUGUUCAGUCAGCUCUUUUAGGUACCCGCUGUCAAUCACUGACACAGAGAGAGUCUUCUUCCUGAAGGCACCUGGGACAGCAGCAGCUCAGGUGCAUUUAAAGUUACAGACACUGAAACAGCCCUUUUAGAACAGGACUAAAACCAGGAGUUACGCAGUCAUAGUGAGAGGAAGCAUCUUUGCAGUACUUUGAGCUAAACUGAGCUGAAAGACACACUAUGUUGACAUGUGAGACUUUCAUUAAUAUGCUGAAAAAGGGUACAAAAUGCAACUUUUAAGUUCUCUCUUACAAGUAAUUCUUUAAAGCUUUAGGAUAUUUUGUAAUAUGACAUAUGAAGCAAUUAUUAUUCCUUAGAUGCAUGACUGAUUGGACCCUACUCUCUUCCGUAGGUGCAUCAAAAAUGAGCCGUAGAAGAAUCAAUGUCUUUUUAUACAAUUUUUGUCAUUUUGGUUAAGAAUAAUCAAUUGUAAUAUUGAUUACAUUAUAUUUUUGUCCACACAAGAAUUAUUUCAUAUUUGAAAUAUUUUUAUUUUUCCACUUUAUAACAGAUUUUGAACAUUUUGCUAAUUGAAAAAGAAGAAUAUUUCAAAGAACAGUAACAGAAGAAUGUCACCCUCCAUUUUGGUGAUGUUUUUCACUCUUCCUCAAACUGUUGCUCCUCUCCGCCCCUCCAGUUUUGUGCACUUCAUCACCUCUUCUAUGAUAUUAUCGGUGAUAAAGAGCAUGGAGUAGUAAUACAAAUAUUAGAAUUUCGUUUAAAAGUGUAAAAGAUAAAUUAAAAAUCUAAAUGGAAUGAUAUUAAUGCAUGUUUUCUGAGGAAUACCUGGAAUAUGAAAUGAUAAAAACUUUUCAUUACAAAGAUAUUGCAAGAAAACGACCUCACCGGGUCAUUUUUGACCCACUUAAGCAGCAAAGGGUUAAUUAGGGCAAACUUGCAGCUGCAAAAGAAAACAGAUUUUUAACCUAAUCCCUAAAGGCUGUACAGUUAUCAACUAAUGUAGCAUCAUGCUGCUAGAAGAGGAACUGAAAAUGUAAAGUAAGGGACUCGGAAAUUAAUGCAGUUUUCUGUCCAAGUGCUGCCGUCAUUUGCUCAACUCGGUGAAAAAUUUAUGCCUAAAAUAUUAGCCUUGACAUCUGUGAGAUUACAGAUCACACAAAAACAGAGCAUUUCUCAAAACACAUCUUCUCACAGAUGUAUAGAUUUACUAAUCUUGUCUUACUGUCCCACUGACACCCACAUGCUGUGGUCGGUGAAGCAUGGCAGAGGGUGGGGAUAGAGCAAGUCUCAGCCUUCAGAUUCUUUACUAAGAAAAUUAGAAGCAGCCAUGCAAAAAUGCGGCCCAUGACGACUCUUGCUGCAUCUCGCCAUCCACUUUCGUCUUCCAUUUACUGGCAUUAGCUGCCACCUCGCUUGAACCAAACUUCAGAGCCAUCAGCGGUUCUCUGGAAAGCAGAGCGGCCAUGGACUUUUUUCGCCAGUACGUCUUGCUGUUGCUGAUUGGGAUGAUUUUAAUCUCAUUAGUGAUCAUCUUCAUCUUCUUUCUCAUCAAUAAGUGCAUCUCCAGAAGAGGUAAACACAAAAUCCCACAUCUUGAGAGAGGAGCUCUCUUCAAAGCCGACAGCAACAAAUACCAGGAGAGAAACCCUGACGCUGUCAAUCCUCCUCUUCCUCCUCGGACGCAGUUUCUCACAGCAGAGGCCCAAAGCUAUGAGAACCUGGUCGAGGUUUCCGACUAUGAAGAGUGUACAGCCGACUACGAGCAGAGCACCGACCAGCAGCCGGAUUACGUGAAGGUGGAGGAGGAGAUCCUUCCUCCUCCUCCACCGUAUGAGCAUCAAGGUCCAGGCAUGACAGCUGGUGUUGCCGGGCAAAGCUAUGAGAACCUGGCCGAGGAACACGACUACGAGCAGAGCACCGACCAGCAGCCGGACUACGUGCAGGUCCAGGAAGAGGAGGAGAUCCUUCCUCCUCCUCCUCCAGGCAUGACAGCUGGUGUUGCCGGACAAAGCUAUAAGAACCUAGCCGAGGAACCCGACUAUGAGCAGAGUCUGGACCAGCAGCCGGACUACGUGCAGGUGGAGGACGAGGCUGAGACGUUCCUUCCCCAUCCUGCAGAUCCAGCAGCAGAUAAUUCAUCCACCGAGGACUACGACGACAUCGGAGAAGAUCAGGGAGAAGAAGACUACGAUGACGUGGGAUAAAACCAUAAGAGAACGAUACAGAGACACUGACUUUCCCACCUGGAUCCUGCUGAGCGGAGAUUCUUCCUACCACAGAUUUCUUAUGUCACUUGCUUUUUUUUUAUAUUAUUCACAAAAGUGUGAAUAGCUGAAGACAUCUGCCGAGUGGUGAGGAGACAACUGGUUUGAUCUUCAGAGGGUUUGAAUCUUCUAAAUUUUCUCAAUCUCAAUCAUGAUGUCUUCUAUGAUUCUGAUUUCAAACACAACUUUUUUAAUCUUAGUAUUUGAACAAACUUCUUGGAAUUUACCUAAAAAGAAUCUAUGAACAAGCAGGAACUCAACAUCACAAUAGCUUAUUUUGUAGUCACAAAUCCUAAAAACACAACAGUAAAUGAAAAAUAAACAAGAUAAACUUUACCUUUGUACAGUGUUGGUGCUCAUGCAAGUCCUUUUUCAGCAAUUAAUCAAAUUUUCUGACAGUAAAUUCCAGAGAUGUUUCAAAAAAGAGCAGCGACAGGAGUUUUAAAGGAGAAUAGAUUACAUUUAGCUGCAUAAAAUGAGUUUAAACCACAUCCUCAACAGUUUACAGUAAGUUAUUUAUCUGCAAUGAGGUAGAACUUUCUAAUAGAGAGUUUCCUCCUUGUAGUCUAAGAAAUAUCAGUUUUCACAGAUUUUGUGUUUUAUUAUUGAGCUGAACCAGUAGUGUGAAGGGUGUUUUGUUUCUGCUGGGUUUAAUCUGAAAUAAUGUGGAAAACAAGAGAGGGUUGUAGGAAAAGUAUACUAUAUGACCAUACAACUAUAUUUAAUCUGGAAAAUGUAGUAAUAAUGAUUCGAAACCAGGCAACGGUAGAUUUAUAAGGCUGAUACUACUACUAAAGCAAUGGAUUUGUUUAACUUUCCAGCAACAUUUUUCACAGCCUAGUUAGCGUUUUACCACCAGGCUUGACUCCGCACCACCACAUGCUCUGCUACAUGUGCUGCAGACAGUGUUGAGGAUUGUGAUCAAUGGAAUCUGAGCCUCUAUGCUCAACAAAAUAUGUGGUGACACCAUUUCUAAGUUACUCCAAACAGCUUUUUCUGCAUUAUGUUCUGUAAAAGACACAUAUUAGACAACAUAUACAGCGAUACCGAUAUAUCUGUGACAGGCCAAUAUCGGCUGAUCGAUAUAUCAGUCGGGAUCAAACAAUAAUAGUUUUAAUUGUGCGGCAAAAAGUAGCUUUCUAUAGACAGCAUAAAAAGCAAGCACAAAUGCUAAAUGAAAACACAAGAACUACAGAAUAAAAGCACACAAUUAAAUGACAAAAUAAAAAAUAUUACAAGGCAAGUCUAUUUGUAUUACACAAUUCAUACACAAGACAUUUCAAGGUGCUGGCAAAGAUAUACAUUCAGAAAAAUGACUGAAAGGUCGACAUACAUUAAAAUCACAGAAAUAAAGCAUAAAAGUAGACAUUAAGAUCAUGAAAGUGCAUUAAAAGACAAGAAACUAGAUGGAGCAUCUAUGAGAUGGUAAACAAUAUGGUUUUCAGGUCUGAUUUAAAAGAGCCGGCAGUUUGAGCAGACCUCAGACGUUCAGGAAGUUUGUUCCACAGGUGAGGAGCAUAAUAGCUCAAUGCUGCUUCACUAUUUUUGGUUCUGAUUCUGGGAACACACAGUCAACCUGUCCCUGAUCAUCUGAGGGCUCUGGAUGCUUCACAUGGAGCUAAUGAGUCCAGGAUGUAUUUUGGCCCAAGACCAUUCAGUUCAUUGUAGACCAGGAGUCACAUUUUAAACUCUAUCCUUUGACUAACAGGAAGCCAGUGUAGUGAUUUGAAGACCACUGUAAUAUGGUCCAGUUUACUGGUGUUAGUUAGGACUCUGGCAGCAGCGUUCUGGAUCAACUGCAGCUGCUUGAUCAAUUUCUUGUUCAGACCUGUAAAGACACCAUUACAAUAAUCUAACCUACUGAAAAUAAAUGCAUGAACAAGU